GAGAGAGCUGGGGGCGGUGCUAUGCAGAUAGCGCCUAUGAGGAGCUGUCCGCCACUCUGGUGCUGAAUCCAGCUUUAAUUCUGUAAAAGGUGCUUUCAGCUAUUGGUGGAGCUGGGCGCCAAAAGCUGCCCUCGAGUUUGGAUAUGAUCCUUUAAGAAAGAGAAUCCACGGAAAGAGACAUUUGGAAGAACUGUAAACCUCGGUCACACCUUGCAGCUCUCGGUGGAGUUUCGGUGCAGCAUCUGAAGAGCAGAAUGGAGUGAAGGAGGCCAGGAUCUGUUCAAGGUGUGUGGGGAGGGGGUCCGACUGUGAAGGAGAAGAAGCAGAGGAAGAGAAAGAAAAAGAGAAGAAAACGAAUGCUGGUGUCUGCAAAUUUGGGAUUCCAUUGGAAAAGAUCACUCACUCGGGGGAAAUGGAUUUUGUACCAAGACUGAACAGCGUUUUGACUUUGGUGCUGUCUGGUUUGUGGCAUUUUGGAUUAACAGCGACAAAUUACAACUGUGAUGACCCUUUGGCCUCCUUUCUCUCACUGAGAGCUUUCUCCAGCUCCUCCGAUGUCACUGGAAGUUCCAGCCCCGCUCACCUCAACUGGAGAAUGGGAACAGGUGGUUGGUCCCCAGCAUAUUCCAAUGCCCAACAGUGGCUCCAGAUUGAUCUUGGAAACAGAGUGGAGAUUACAGCAGUGGCCACUCAGGGAAGAUAUGGGAGUUCUGACUGGGUGACAAGCUAUCGUCUCAUGUUCAGUGACACUGGACACAACUGGCAGGAGUACAAACAAGAAGACAACAUCUGGACAUUUGUAGGAAACAUGAAUGCUGACAGUGUGGUUCACCACAAGCUGCUGCACUCUGUGAGAGCCCGCUUUGUUCGCUUUGUGCCCCUGAAGUGGAAUCCAGAUGGAAAGAUAGGCAUGAGAAUGGAAGUCUACGGAUGUUCCUACAGAUCAGAUGUAGCUGACUUUGAUGGCCAUAGCUCACUAUUGUAUAGGUUCAAUCAGAAGACAAUGAGCACCCUCAAAGACAUGAUUUCCCUGAAGUUCAAGAGCAUGCAAGGAGAUGGAGUUUUGCUCCAUGGGGAAGGACAACGUGGAGACUACAUUACCCUAGAACUCCAGAACGGCAGACUUGCUCUAUACUUAAACUUAGAUGGAGGCCAAGCUCGGCUCAGCAGCAUUGCACCCUCAGCCAUUCUGGGUAGCCUUCUGGAUGACCAGCAAUGGCACUCAGUUCUCCUGGAACGUGUGGGCAAGCAGACAAACUUCACUGUGGACACAAACACAGAGCACUUCCAGAUCAAGGCUGAGACCGAUGCUCUGGACAUCGAUUAUGAACUCAGUUUUGGAGGAAUUCCAAUACCAAGCAAACCUGGGACCUUUUUAAAGAAAAGCUUCCAUGGCUGUAUUGAAAACCUUUACUACAAUGGAGUGAACAUAAUUGACUUGGCUAAAAGACGAAAGCAUCAGAUCUACUCAGUGGGCAAUGUCACUUUUUCCUGCUCAGAACCACAAAUUGUCCCCAUCACAUUUGUCAAUUCCAGGAGUAGUUAUUUGCUGCUGCCCGGCACUCCACGAAUUGAUGGUCUGUCAGUGAGCUUCCAGUUUCGAACAUGGAAUGAGGAUGGUCUGCUUCUGUCCACAGAGCUGUCUGAAAGCUCAGGGACCCUGCUGCUCAUCCUGGAGGGUGGGACUCUGAGACUCCUUAUUAAGAAAGUGGCAGGACAUGGAACUGAAAUCAUCACAGGCAGUGGCUUGAAUGAUGGCCUCUGGCAUUUUGUCAGCAUCAAUGCCAGAAGAAAUCGUGUUACUCUCACACUGGAUAAUGAUGCUGCGUCCCUGCCUCCAGACAUCUCCUGGCUACAGAUCUAUUCUGGAAAUAGUUACUACUUUGGAGGGUGCCCUGACAAUCUCACCGAUUCCCAAUGCUUAAACCCCAUUAAGGCUUUCCAAGGCUGCAUGAGGCUCAUCUUUAUUGAUAACCAGCCCAAGGACCUCAUUUCAGUUCAGCAAGGUUCCCUGGGGAAUUUUAGUGAUUUGCACAUUGAUCUGUGUAGCAUCAAAGACAGGUGUUUGCCAAACUACUGUGAACAUGGAGGACACUGUGUUCAAACAUGGACUACCUUCUACUGUAACUGUAGUAACACUGGUUACACAGGAGCUACCUGUCAUGACUCCAUCUAUGAGCAAUCCUGUGAGGUGUACAGACACAGAGGGAACAACACAUCUGGGUUUUUCUUUGUUGACUCUGAUGGCAGCGGGCCACUGGAACCACUCCAGUUGUACUGCAAUAUUACUGAGGAUAAGAUCUGGAUGACGAUUCAGCACAACAUCACAGAGCUGACUCAAGUACAGGGUUCUAAUGCAGAGAAACCCUAUUCUAUGACCUUAAACUAUGGUGGCAGUAUGGACCAGCUGGUGGCUCUGAUUGAUGGCUCAGAGUACUGUGAACAGGAGGUGACAUACCACUGCAGGAGAUCUCGCCUGCUGAACACACCAGAUGGAGCCCCAUUCACCUGGUGGAUUGGAAGGUCCAAUGAAAAGCACCACUACUGGGGAGGUUCUGUUCCUGGAAUCCAGAAGUGUGGAUGUGGGCUGGAGCAGAGCUGUCUGGACAUUGGACACUUUUGCAAUUGUGAUGCUGACACAGAUGAAUGGGCCAACGAUACUGGCUUUCUUUCCUUCAAGGAUCACUUGCCUGUAACUCAGAUAAUUAUCACUGAUACAAACAGAUCAAACUCAGAAGCAGCUUGGAGAAUUGGCCCCUUGCGUUGCUAUGGUGACCGACACUUCUGGAACGCUGUCUCCUUUUCUACUGAAGCAUCUUACCUCCACUUUCCUACCUCCCAUGUGGAAUUCAGCAUUGACAUUUCCUUCUUCUUUAAAACGACUGCUUUAUCUGGAGUUUUCAUAGAAAAUCUUGGCAUUAAAGACUUCCUCCGACUUGAAUUGAGCUCUCCUUCUGAAGUCACAUUUGCCAUUGAUGUUGGGAACGGCCCCACUGAGCUCCUUGUUCAGUCUCCUUCUCCUCUGAAUGACAACCAAUGGCAUUACAUCCAGGCUGAGAGAAACCUUAAGGAGACUUCCUUGCAAGUAGACAACUUUCCAAGGAUUAUGAGAGAGACCACAGAGAAAGGCCAUUUCCAACUUCAAUUGAAUAGUCAAAUGUUUGUAGGAGGAACAUCAUCAAGACAAAAAGGCUUUCUUGGAUGCAUCCGUUCCCUACACUUGAAUGGGCAGAACAUAGAUCUGGAGGAGAGGGGAAUGGUCACUUCUGGAGUCAGACCUGGUUGUCCAGGUCAUUGCAGCAGCUAUGGAAACAACUGCCACAAUGGGGGAAAGUGUGUGGAGAAGCAUAAUAGCUACUCCUGUGACUGUACCAAGUCUCCAUAUGAAGGACCUUUCUGCCAGAAAGAGAUUUCAGCUCUUUUUGAUUCUACCACCUCCAUUACAUACAUGUUUCAAGAACCAUACCCGGUGUCCAAGAACACAAGCACCUCAUCUUCAGCAAUCUACACAGAUACAGUUCUGUCUAAGGAAACCAUUUUGCUGAGUUUUGUGACAGCACAAGCUCCAACCCUCUUGCUCUACCUCAAUUUCUCUACUCCGAGUUUUCUGGCUCUUCUGCUCUCCAGGAAUGGAAGUUUACAGAUUCUAUAUCACCUAAGCAAAGGAGAAAGUCACAUGUUUACUGUCAGCACAGAGAAUCUUGCCAACAGAAGAGUGCACCAUGUGAAAAUGAACAGAGAUGGGACAGAACUUUCCAUUCAGAUGGACCAGCAACUCUUCAGUUAUAACUUCCCCCUGGAAGCUGAGUUCUUGACAGUGAGGUCACUCAUCUUAGGCAAAGUUACAGAGACUCUUGGGUUGGAUCCACGAGUUGCUAGAGCAAACUCCUUGGGUUUCAUUGGAUGCCUUUCAUCAGUUCAAUACAAUCACAUAGCGCCAUUGAAAGCAGCCCUCCGGCAUGCGAGCAUCGCACCUGCGACUGUCCAAGGGAGCUUGAGAGAAUUCAGCUGUGGCUCCAUGGUGGACUCUGAUGUGAAUGCAGUGACCACUGUGUAUUCUUCAUCAGAUCCCUUUGGAAAGACAGAUGACCAUGAUCCACUCACAAAUGCAGUCUUAAGUGACUCAGCAGUUAUUGGAGGUGUCAUAGCAGUGGUAACAUUUAUCACUUUUUGUGUCAUUGGAAUCAUGACCCGCUUCCUCUAUCAGCACAAGCAGUCACACUGUACCAGUCAGAAGAAGGAGAAGGAAUACUCAGAAAACUUGGACAGUUCCUUUAGACAUGACAUUGAUUUGCAAAGCACAACCAGCAAGUGCAAACGGGAAUACUUCAUCUGAGAUGCUACAGGGUCACCUGGUCCUUUUUAUUGUGGUGUUUCCUUUUUUAAGAGACUAAUUCUCUUCUCUUCACUGCUUUUUUUUCUUUAAGCAUUUUCCUUCUCACAUUUUUCCUUGAUUUUAGAAAACACAUACAUCCACCAAAAGCACUCAUCUCCUUACCCAGCUCAGGAGAUCCGGUAGCUGUGGCUGCUGUAGUCCACUUACAUAUGUUGUUGUGAAAAUGACCACUGGAGACACAGGCUUCACUAUUGUAAAAAAGGAAGAGACACAUAUGCAUAUAUGCACAUUCUACAUUUGUUAUCAAAUUUCUAAACUUUACUCUUGAGUUUCUCAGGCAGGUAGUCUUGCCAUAUUCUAUUAUACUUUGAGCUCUGCAGUGUUCACCUUUAACAUUUAUUCUUGUACAAUAACAUAUUGUUAGGCAGUAUGACUUUAGAAAAGGAAAGGAUGUGUGUGUGUGUGUGUGUGUGUGUGUGUGUGUGUGUGUGUGUGUGUGAAUCUAAAUCGAGUAUCCAGGACAUUUUUCCCGAAGGCAUGGCUCAGGGAAAAGAGUCUAAUUAAUGUCUGAAUUCUGACGAGGCAACAAUCCUUUCUCCUGCCUGUAGCCACUAAUAUCUGAAAGAAUCUGAUUUCAUGAGGGGGUGGCAAAACUUGGCUUCCUUGAGAGAUAGUGGCUAUGGGUCUGCACAGAACAUGGCAUGGAAGCUCUUCAUAGCAUCUGCCAAAACAGAGGGACAAUACUCAGUGUGCCUCAACUAUAAGAACUCCAGACUGGGGGACACAAGCAGAGGGAGAUUUUUCUAGCCUGCUUGUUUUGGUGGCUUUUGAAAAGGAAAAAGACAUAUUUACUAUAGUUUAAUGUCCACACCAUAAGUAGUUCCGUGACUUCAUUGGUCAUCCUGUCCACAGAGUUUUAGUGACUUCUGAUAUUGAGUUAAUGAAUAAUGAGCAGGCACUUUGCUCUUCUCUUGGUAUGCAGUUUUGAGGCAUGAAUAUGGAUAUAGUACCCUGAAACAGCUAUGAGGAUGUAACUGCUCCUCUAACUUUGCAGCUGCAUUUUCUACAUUACUAGAACAUAUAACCUAUGUUAUUUCUAAGAUUGCAGCACUGUAAUAAAAGUUAUACAUAUAUAUGGAUUGGGGCAGCACAAACAGAUUUUAUAUAAAAGUCUAAACUGGUUCCAUGAAAGGGCUGAGGCAAUCUUAACUCAGCAUCCUCAGUAGAAAAACUGAAAAAAAAAUGAAAAGUUUCAUUAAAAAUGAGAAAUACCUAAGUGAUUUACCCUUGUCCAUUUAAUUCAGAAAGAUCUCGUAAAGAAAUAAUGUGUAGGUUAGCAGAAUUCACAUUCUAGAAUACAUGUAAUGAGUUCACUCUGGCAACUGAGCUAUUUCCCUAGAGGCAAGUGACAGAAUUUUCUGUGAGGUACCUGUAGGUGAGAGUAUUUUAAGGGAGUCUUUAGAUUAUGAAGUACAUUAUGUCUGUACCUGCACUCAAUACACAUGUCUGCCCCAUGAAUUUUUUUUGUGCCUAAAUAAGGUUAUAAAAUAUCUCAUGUUUUGGGUUCUUUUGGUGGCAAAACAUGCAAUUCAUCUAAACAGGCAUGUUGAAUUUAUGAGUGAGUAAUCUUGACCAUUUUAUGGUAAUGAUAUUCUUAAUUCUGCCCUGGGACCACCUUAGAAAAAGACAAGGUGGGGUCACAUCUAAAGACUGCAGACCUUACUUAAUGCUAGAAGAAAAAUCUUUGAAGAAGAAAGUACUGGCUAAUUCAUAUUGCAGGGCUGACAUGAUUUGAAGAACACUUACUUGCCAGUCAGUAGGCCAUCUUCUUAGUAAGUAUCCUACCUCUGACAUUUCAGCAUUUUCCGGGGCAAAGAGGUUCAAAUGAAGCCCUCACUGACAUCAAACAGUUUCAAAUAUAUAGUUUUUCUUCCCUUGAAAAGCAAAAGAAUUAAGAAUUGAGUGUGACACAGUCCACAACUAUGAGAUAUUGUCCUAAAUAUAUGUUAUUUCUUUAAAUUUUUACAUGGAUUCUGGCAUACCCUCUUUUUUGUUUAGAAUAUCACUCUCUUUUUGCUACUGAAUUUAUUUUAUAGCAAUUCUAACAAACAUACCCUUUAUAAUUUUUUCUAUCUUUAAUAAGAGACAUGAUCAUUUAAUAAAAUGAGAGAUAUUGAGAAUCUAUUUCCUUCUCCACCUCCAGGUGUCGUUUCUACUUUUGAAUUUUAUGGCUUUAUAAAGGGCAAUAUAAAUCACAUUUUUCCUUGACUGCAUAUUUUUCCAUUAUCAGAAAUGUAAGUCAUGUUGAAGCUUAGUUCUAAGCACUUCUAGUAGUGAAAUAAGAAGUAAAAUAAGAGUAUUCACACUGGAAUAUUUUCUUACUAGAGUUCUUAGAAGCAAGCACCAUAUUUUGUCCACAUGAUGUUGACAGAUAGAAUUGAAGUUAAAGCUACCUAAAGAGUAUGGUUUUCUCAUCCACUAAUUCUAGACCGUCAUGUAGGGGAAUGCAUGAAGUUGGUCUCUGCCCUCUGCAUAGCACACAUUCUACUGGUUAUGUCUCUGGAAGUCCAGGCUUUGCAGAUCAGAAUACUGGGCAUGUAACAAAAUGGUAGAUACAUGCCAAAUUGCUGUACUAUUGUAAUUAGUCUCAGGGCUAAUUCAAAAUUUCCUCACAACCACAUAACAAACACCAGAUGAAAAUGUAGUAAUCCGCAUCCUCCUACACUGAAUGCCAUCAAAGUUAGAAACAGGAGCCAGUGUUAGAGUCUAUUUGGUUCAUGCAAUUUUUCAAUUGUGUUGUAGCACACAACAGCAAUUGAAUUCUACACACAGCACAAGGUAGCAGAAAGCAAAGACUGUGAAUAUUCAAUGUGCAAAACAUUUCCAGGGGCCUCUAGAAGCCAACACAUUUUUUGAUAAUUCUUAGAAUUUCAUGUCUUAUUUGUUAAUUCUACCAGACAUGGUUGCUUUGUUACUCUUCCUCAAGCCAUGUGACUUCCCCUGCCUACAAAUGUCUUUAGAAGAUGCUAAAUGGACUCCUUAGAGAGAAAAAGAACAAAUGGUACUGGUAUCAACUCUUAAACUCAGUUUCUGUGAACAGGGUUCACUUGGUAGCUCUUUCUGGUUUGAGGCUCUAUUAUAAAUCAGGGUGGCCUCAAAUCUAUGAGAGACCCACCUGACUCGGACAAGGUGUGGACCAUUUUCUCUGCCUAUAUCAAAUAUAUUUGAGAAGACGUUAAAUUUCCUAUGUUUUUGUUAAGGCAUUUCAAAUGUAUGCCUCUGCAUAUGGCAGACCCAUAUGUAGCCUGGAGACAGAAAAGAACAGUCACUCCUUUCACUCCCUUCUGCGUUCACUUCUUUGAUGUACAUCCAUUUAUACCAUGGCUCCUUUAGAUUUCUCUUUGGCUGUGUGGUACCCUGACAUCGUUCAAAACUUCCCAUUCUGCCCUAGAAAAUUAUAUGACUAUAUUUAGGGAAAACUCUUAAAAUUAUAAGUUAUCUACUGAGGGAAUGAUUUAUUUAUGUGUCGUAUAUCUAAAUGAAGUCACACUUUUGUGUUCUACACAGAAAUUUCUAGCUCUCUGAAGGCCAUGCAUGUUGUUUUUUCAUUUGGUAUCAUCUCAUUUAUAAGACUCACACUGGGAAAUGGCAUUCAUAACAUCCCCAUGGGAUCUAUGGACAUGAGCAUUAAUCCGAGGAACGAUUCCUUUGUUAGAUUUUUUUCCAACUGCUUCACUUCUUUUAAAUUUUGUAGAGCUAUACUACAAUUACAAUAUAAUAGCAGCUUAAUAAGAGGAUUUGACACCAGUAAAGUCCAGCUAUGAAUCAUCCCUAAGACUAUUGCUUGGGUAUGCUUGGUUCUCAACAGUCCUAUAGGCCAUGAUUCAAAUAAAAGAAUAAAUCAGCAUGUAAUGUUGUACCUGGUAGUGGAAAAGGAUGUUAAUGGAAGGGUGGUGCAGGCAGAUGUGAACACUCACAUUUGAAGGAUGACGGAGUGCUGUUUCAUGUCUCUCACACAGAAAUGUUUUCUUUACAAGACUCAUAGUUUAUCUGAAUCAUUUCUGUAUACUAGUUCUUGGGGCUUUCUCAACCUCUCUCAGGUUUUAUGAACAGUCAAUCUCAAGUCAUUUGUUUUGAAAAUGUUUGUUGUUCUUCUUUCUCAACUCUUUAUUCACAGAUUUUAAAUAGUUGAUCCACCCGAAAGGGAAGAAUGUACCACAUGGACACAUAUGUGCAGAGACACACAUACAUGGAAUAAAAAAUAAAGGGCUGUUUCUUGAGCACCAUAUAGGAAAUUAUAUCUGUACCUACUUGGUAGGGAGACAAGUAUCACCACUUUGUUUUUGAAGUCCUUUAAAUGCCUCAGUCAAAGUUCUAAUGAUUAUUUUUGCCAUUUUUGUAUGAUGUCCCCCUUUUUAUUUUGCACCGAGGUGCUCUGUGGAAGGAUAAGAAGCACAUUUUUUAGUAAAAGAGUGAACUUUGUAUGCUACUCCUAUAUCAUUUGUAAUGUCUAUAAUCUACAAAGCUGUAACAUAGACAUGAACAAGCCUUAGGUACCAGUGGGCUUUUGUGUUAGAGUAGACUGGAUGGGGUCCUUCAAGUAAGAUCAGGUUAUUCAUGGAACACAUGAUGGCUGCUGGAGGUAAAGAGAGGUUGAACUUCCAACAUGCAGUGAGGAUGGUUCCUAUUCACAUUUUCCUGGAUCUUAACUCAGGUGUCUCUUUCCUGUAUUUGUCUUAUAAUUUGGGGAAGAGAAAAUAUUAUGGGCCCUGUGUGAGAAAUAUUUUACUCAUCUUCAUAUAGCAUUUUCACCCUAUCCUGCAGAAUUUCAAGUUUUAUAUUUUACGAAUAUAGUCCAGGAAUGCUUUGAAAAUAUCACCACCGUGAUUUCACCUUCUCAGUGUUUGCAUCCUAAUGGCAGCCUUAAGUAAAAUAAAUGAUGAUCAAGAUCUUCAUGUCCAUUGCCUUUAACAAAAUGCUCCAUGGAUGAAAAGUAAGGAAAUGUAGGAAUCUGUGUAGUGGACCUUCCUUGGUCAUGCCUUCUUGGCAUACAUAGUGCUAGAAAAGUAUGUCACUCUCCACCCACAACAGUGUGUAUUUCAGACAGCCACCACUUGACACUCUGUGAGAAGUCUUUGUUCAGUGCUCCUCAGGGUACAAGAAAAGUUCUCAUCAAAUAGCAAUUUAAAAUUAGAAGAUUAGUCCCAAAUUAUGUCUAAGCUGACAUGUGACAGUAAUUACAGUUUGUUCAUAAUUUCGUCAACAUUAUCCUGUGCCAUGCUUCACAUCCCAGCAGUAAAUCUCAAAGGACAUAAAAGCGGCAUGAGGUAUGCAGAAACAGCCUUCAGCUACCCUAAAGCCAUCUUGAAUGUCCUGUCUAGAUACAGCCUUAUUCAUAGCAACUUUACAGGAUGAAAUGAGUGGGCCUCUAACCAGGUAUACUUUCACAUUAUUGUCAGCCAUAUCCUAAAGGCAUACAUGAAGUACUAGCUUAAUAUUUUCUCUUUUAAUGGCAGGACCAAGAAGUAUAAUCUUGUCAUGCCUUAAAUACUCUUGCAAAAAAGAAUUAAAUAAAUGUAUCUUACUUAAAGUAGUUUCGUUGUGUCAUGAGAAAUACUUCAUAUUUGGUGAUGAUCAAUGCCAGUAAUUUUUUCCUGAACUUGGCAGUAUGUCGGCUUUCUAAUAGCCCAGGCUUUCUUUAGCAGACAAUUCCUAUUGCCAGCUAGUCUAUGGUUGGAUAGUAGAAUAUAAGGAAAUGAAGACAUGUGACACAUUCUAAUUAUACUAGUAUAGUAGUCAACAGUUCACAUUUGGUUCAUAAAAUUUCCAGAUCCCUAAUACAAAGAAUUACUAUGUUUAUUUCAAAGGAGAAAUGAGAGUCUUUCUGGCAUGGCCAGGACUAAUUUUUUUUUUUCAGAAUGAAAGGGUGAUUUCUUUAAAAUAAGUAACAAUAUGUAGAAGGACUUUCCCAAAUACGUAAAAGGCUUUCUUUUGAUAACAACACAACAGAGGCAAAGCAGACCAUUUACUUUCCAAUUAGCUGGAGACUCCUUUUUUUUUUUUUUUUGAUAUUAUGGUUUUUGUUCCUGUAUAAGAAUCUUCAAUCACAUGUGAUGUUGCAUCAUUCCAAAUCUGUUUGUAGGCCAUGUAAGAGGUCUUAAUACAUUCUAUGGAGAAAGUUAAUGUUAGACUUAGAUCUCUUUGUUUUCUACGUUUUUAGCAGUACAAAAGAAAAACUUACAUGUAAAUAUUGUAUAUUUAAUAAAGAGAAACUUUUGUAUACUUUUGUGUGUGACACAAAUAUGUCUUGCUGUGCUGUUCUUUCAUUAAAGAAGUAUCAAAUAAU